AUGUCAGGUAAUCUAUGCAAGUCUGUAGUGUUUUUAAUUUUCGAUGCGUUUGUGAUUUUUUUCCUAAAACAACGAGGUAACACUCCGAGCAUAAUGUACUGCUCUCAAUCAAGGAUACUGCAAACUUUAUUACUAUUCAUAAUGUUAACAAUCCAUUUAGCGAUAAGUGUUGAAGAUGGAUAUUUGCGACACGUUAAAGACGGUUGUUAUAUAAAAGGAGAGGCAUUGUCCUGUGUGAAGUAUAGAGCUUUGAAAAUCGCUAAGAAUACUUUCUUCGGCGAUCUAUAUGCAAAUGCGACAAUCAGGGCGAGCGAAAUGAUAAGCUUUGUGCCUCUAGACGAGGAAUCAAUAAAAGACGCAUCUAAGUACGAGGAUAAAGAAUUGACGAUGAAGGAACCAAGAAGCUAUCUGUCCGAAUGGUCCGAGCUUACGAAGUAUUUAAUGAAGUUGGUUAAAGAAUUCUUCAAAACGAAAGGGCUGAAAGUCGAUCUACCUGAAGGCGCUCGCACCAUCGAGGAGCCCCAAGAUGACGAUGCACGAGGAAAAAAGAAGAGACUUGCAGUGAUGGUUCCACUCCUCAACCUGGUAGCGACAUUAAAAACCAAGCUGCUGCUUAUACCCAUUCUCCUGUCAGUCUUGCUGAUAAAGAAGCUUCUCCUAGUUGCGGCACUGCUGGUUCCCAGUCUGCUUAAUAUACUGAAGUCUUGCAAGCAUCAUCACCCGACGACUCACUAUUCGUCCUACUUCGAUGGUGGCGUGUCAGAUUACAAUUCUGAUUAUGGCAGCGCCUACUCAUACUCCUCAGGCGGUGGUUAUGGGAAGGAUUUUGCGUCUAACAGGGCUUACUUGUUGCCGAAGCAUAGAGCAACGCCAGCUCCAAUGUAUAUUACAGCACCCGGAACCACUGCC